AUGGUGGUGCGUCCGUCCCGCCAUGGCAACACCAACAACAAGCAACCGAGGAACCCACCUCCAGUCGGAUCCGGAGAUGCAUAUCUGAACACCACCCUAGCUUCACUUUUGAAUACCACAUCCUCGGCAGCUGUUCCACCUCAUACUAUUGUUCCGCCUACUAUUCAGAAUUCGCUACAGUCAACCAUAGCACCUCCAACGAACCCUUCAACGUUUGCUCCACCUCUACAGCAGACUUUUAGUACUGGGAUGCCUUCGACGGCCGCUCCCACUACCUUUUCGUUUCCGCCGUUGACUGUACCUUCUGGUUUUGUUCCUCCGCCGCCACAACCUACUAUUCCCACCCACUCCGCCACUUUACUGCAGAGCACCACAAUGGAUCCCCUAGUCGCCACCCUGAAACAAGCUGUGGUCGGGCUAGUUCAGACUCAACAACAAAAUUUACAACAAAGUCCAGCUCCUAGUGCCGCGGAGUCAAGUUCCAGAGUUCGAGAGAGGAGCAUUAAUGAAUUUAAGAAGUCUGCUCCUCCACCUAUUUCAGGCGCUACAAAUCCGGAUGAAGCGGAAAAUUGGAUCAAGGAGAUGGAAAAAGCAUUUACGGCUAUGCAGUGCACCGAUGAAAAGAAAGUCAGAUUCGGGACAUUCAUGCUUCAGGGCAGAGACGAAUACCGGCCGAAAGUGUGA